AGCUGUCUCACACCCCCUCUCCUCCUUGCGAGGUAGAGGAGAAUGAGUACUGGUUGAAUCCGUGCAUCUGUAUUGUGACUGUAAAUACCCCUCACGGCUGAGAAGAGUGAGGCGCCUAGCGAACGGUGACUUUGCUUCCUUCCUGAUAGGGCUCUACCUCUGGAGUUUUCUUGCCUCUCUGUCAGCUUCUUAAUUCAGUUUUUUUAUGUGGCGAAAGCCAUGAGAGGAUCUAUCAUCUUCAGCUUCUUUCUGGAGCCCUCCAAAGCCUGCUUCCCUUGGGUCUGUGUGCUCCCUGUUCUUAUCCUGGGAUUUCUCCUCAUUAUCCAUUUAAAAUUGCACCUUUCCCCCAGGCACUCCUGAGGCCCCGCUGAUUUUUUCUUCCCUGUAGCACUAACAGCCUUCUAACAUCAGGGAAGAUUUGCUUAUUCAUUUGUCUCCCCCACCCUGCCUCCCGCCUGUGGCAUUUCACGAGGGCAGAGAUUUUUGUGUUUUGCUCACCAGGGAAUUGUCAACGUCUAGCACGGUGCCUGGUAUGGAGUGGAGACUGAAUCCAUACUUGUAUGACACUGUUCCAAUUCAGUCCAGCGUGGUGUUAUGUGCUUGCCCAUCCCCAUCAAUGGUGAGGACCCAGACUGAGUCCGGCAUAGUCCCUGGCAUUCCCACCGGUGGUAGCAGACAGGGCCCCACCAUGGACAGCACUGCGGCCGAGUCCCGACCGAGCACCAACUCGCUGCAGCACACCACACAGCCGCCACCACAGCCUCGGAAGAAACGGCCUGAAGACUUCAAGUUUGGGAAAAUUCUUGGUGAAGGCUCUUUUUCUACAGUUGUCCUGGCCCGAGAACUGGCAACCUCAAGGGAAUACGCUAUUAAAAUUCUAGAGAAACGUCACAUUAUCAAAGAGAACAAGGUCCCGUAUGUAACCAGAGAGAGAGACGUGAUGUCACGCCUGGAUCACCCGUUCUUUGUUAAACUUUACUUCACAUUUCAGGAUGAUGAAAAGCUGUACUUUGGUCUUAGUUAUGCCAAAAAUGGAGAACUCCUUAAAUACAUUCGCAAAAUUGGCUCAUUCGAUGAGACGUGCACCCGGUUUUACACGGCCGAGAUGGUGUCAGCUCUGGAGUACUUGCAUGGCAAGGGCAUCAUUCACAGAGACCUGAAACCGGAAAACAUUUUGUUAAAUGAAGACAUGCACAUCCAGAUCACAGAUUUCGGAACAGCAAAAGUACUAUCCCCGGAGAGUAAACAAGCUAGGGCCAACUCGUUUGUAGGAACAGCCCAGUAUGUGUCUCCAGAGCUGCUCACGGAGAAGUCGGCCUGUAAAAGUUCAGACCUUUGGGCUCUCGGAUGUAUAAUAUACCAGCUUGUGGCAGGACUGCCGCCUUUUCGAGCGGGAAAUGAAUAUCUUAUAUUUCAGAAGAUCAUUAAGUUGGAAUAUGACUUUCCUGAAAAAUUCUUCCCUAAGGCAAGAGACCUUGUGGAAAAACUUUUGGUUUUAGAUGCCACGAAGCGAUUAGGCUGUGAGGAAAUGGGAGGGUACGGACCCCUGCGAGCGCAUCCGUUCUUCGAGUCCAUCACGUGGGAGAACCUGCAGCAUCAGACGCCUCCGAAGCUCACCGCCUACCUGCCAGCCAUGUCAGAGGAUGACGAGGACUGCUACGGAAACUACGACAACCUCCUGAGCCAGUUCGGCUGCAUGCAGGUGUCCUCGUCCUCCUCCUCCCACUCCCUGUCCGCCUCGGAUGCAGGCCUGCCGCAGACGGCGGGCAGCAACAUCGAGCAGUAUAUCCAUGACCUGGACACUAAUUCUUUUGAACUGGACUUAGAGUUCUCCGAAGAUGAGAAGAGGUUGUUACUGGAGAAGCAGGCCAGUGGAAACCCUUGGCACCAGUUUGUAGAAAAUAACCUAAUACUAAAGAUGGGUCCCGUAGAUAAGCGGAAGGGUUUGUUUGCACGACGACGACAGUUACUGCUUACAGAAGGGCCACAUUUGUAUUACGUGGAUCCUGUCAACAAAGUCCUGAAAGGCGAAAUUCCAUGGUCACAAGAACUCCGACCGGAGGCUAAGAAUUUUAAAACCUUCUUCGUGCACACGCCGAACAGGACGUAUUACCUGAUGGACCCGAGUGGAAAUGCUCACAAAUGGUGCAAAAAGAUCCAGGAAGUGUGGAGACACAGAUACCAGAGCCACCCAGAUGCUGCUGUGCAGUGACAGGUCUGCGGCUGCCACAGUCGCUGCCAGGACACUUGCCCCAGUGCGGCUCGCCGCCCUCCGGGACGCUUCCAGACCACCUGCCAGCCAUCUCAAGGGGGACGCAGACGGCGGAACCUUGCAGCUUUUUUAUUUAAAAGAAAAGAAGAAAAAAAUACCCAACCACACAAAGAACAAAACCAAUAACAAAAAGGAAUUCAGGGUCGCUUUGCUUGCUCUCUGUGCUCUGUGGAGGCUCCCCAAGCUCUCUUUGCCUUGGGGACCCAGCGCCGUGCACGUCCACCUGAUUCCCGCCCGGGCGAGUGGAACAGGCUCGGGUCACCAGCUCUGCAUCACAUGCCCUGGUCAUGCACCGGCCGGUCCUCCUGUGGCCGAGGGGAUGGGGUGUGUGUCUGGGCUCUUCCUGCCCCUAGGUCAUCACA